AUGCCACGCUUAGAAGAUUGGGAAAUCAAGAAGUACUGGGAAAUAUUUCAAGGCUUGAAUCCUGUUGAUAAUAAGAUAACUGGGGAUAAAGCUUCAACUGUUUUAAAGAACUCAAGAUUGAAAGAUGAUCAAUUAUCUCAAAUUUGGGAUCUUUCAGAUAUCGAUUCCGACGGAAAAUUGGAUUUCGAAGAGUUUUGUAUUACUAUGAGAUUGAUUUUUGAUUUGGUUAAUGGAAAUCAACAAUCUCUUCCAAGUGAAUUACCGAGCUGGCUAGUCCCAGCAUCGAAAGCUCAUUUAAUCCAAGCUAAUAUGGCUGUUACUUCUGGGAGUAACAACUAUCAGACUAACAACAAUACGAUAACAGAUGAUGACGAUGAAGAUGAAUCAUUAUCAGACGAUUUUGAUUGGUAUAUAUCUCCUACAGAUAAGUCUAUUUACGAAACUAUUUAUAACUCAAAUAGUGAUUCAUACGGAAGAGUGAAAUUUGAUUCUUUAACUGGAUUGUAUCAGACUCUUGCCAAGGUGCCUAGGUCUGAUAUCUCAUCAGCAUGGAACUUGGUUAACCCAAAAUCAUUCGAGGCCAUAGAUAAGGAUCAGGUUUUGGUUUUUUUACAUAUUUUGAAUCAGCGGGAGAAUGGUAAAAGAAUUCCAAGAUACGUUCCGGCAUCAUUAAGAGCCACGUUUUCUAAAGAUACUCCGUCAUAUGAUUUGAAUCAAGCACCUUCAAAACCAAUUAAUCUGGCUCCUGUGAACAAUAAGAACUCAUUUGCAAACAGUUAUUUGAACAAAAUCGGGCAUGCAAACAAUGCCACUAAUGAGAGGGGAACUGACUUUUCGGCUACGGAAGGCACUGACUGGGAAGAAGUUAGAUUAAGAAGGGAAUUGGCCAAUUUGGAAGAUUUACUAUCAAAAGCAUCACAAAAGGAUCAUACCUCGAACAAAAAUGACGACAGCGAGCUGGCCAUGAUUAAGUAUGAGUAUGAACAAUUAUUGAAGUACAAAACGAACAUAUUGUCAGAACUUGAAAGUGGCUCUAAUCACAAGAAUUCGAAAGAUCUAGGCGACGCGAAAAAUGACAUUGAACUUAUUGAGAACCAAGUUACAAUUUUGGAAGAAUUUUUGAACGAAAGACAAAGCGAACUCAAUAAGACUAACGAAGAAAUAAGAGUAUUGCGGACUUAG